AAUUAUUAUUAUUAAGUAGCCGUACUUGCAGAUGUCUGGCAAUUUUAAAUAAAGCGACUUUUACUAUCGCUGUUAAUUUGUGUAAUUUUUGUUAUCGAUUAUGCAAAUCUGUGGCAACUUUAAAGCAUCCAACUAUUGCCCAAAUAGUAGGCGAAUUGAAACGUGUUGAGCCUUGUGUGUUUCUGUGUGCCAGAGCGGAAAAACAAAGUGUGCUUCAGUUCGGUGUCAGUUUUUCAAAAUAAAUUAUUAAAUUGAAAAAAUUGUUUCUCCUCUCUUUUGAAGCGACCAACAGCAGACCCUCCCCCCCAGAGCAGCAAAGUGCAUACAGAAAUCAAGCGGUAGCGUUUCCGUAGUUUACCGUGGCCAAGUUUUGUAUAGCUCGAGCCUGUAAUGCAGCUGACCUGGCAAUAGCGCCGCAGAAGUAUGGCACCAGCGCUGACAGCCGAGCCACUGAGCCCCAAGGAGAAGCUAACUAGCAACGCCGCGCCCGCCACCGGUACGCGACAGUCUGUGCGAAAACUGGACUCGCCCAACGGUGGUAUCGGCGGCGAUACGGCUAAGAAGCCAUUAACUCUAACAGCCACAACGCGCGUGACACGCUCCAAGGACGCGGCACAGCGGACCGGCUCGCCUAUUGUGCAGAUCGUCAACAACAACAACAAACGUAAAUCCAACAACCAUAGCAACAUUAGCUGCGGCAGCACCACCACCAGCGAAGUCAAAUCCGUUGAAAAUCAAAUGGGCAUCAGCGCUGCAGCCACACACACGAGCAGCGACGGCAGUGCAGCCUCCUCCAGCAGCACCAGCAGCAGCAUCAUCAGCGACGCGUCAGCUGCAGCAGCAACGUCACCAGCCGCCAGUGCCAGCGCUACCGCCGAGCACAACAACAACUGCAAGGACAACUCAACGGCCGAGCUGCUGGCUAAUCUGACAAGUGACUUUGAGGAGGCCAUCACAGCUGAGAUCUGUCUGCGCAAAACCCUGCCGGAGGUAAGCCACAGCAAGGAGCAGCCAGCCGAAGCCGAGGCAGCAGCCGCAGCUAUAGCACAAACCGUGCAAUUGCUAGAGCCCGCGUUUAUGCCAGAAGCCGAAGCUCAGUCCCAGUCGACAAGUUCAGCAGCAGCGGCGGCAGCAGCAGCAGCAGCAGACACAGCAACAGCAACCACAACGUCGGCAGCAACAGCAACAACACUUACAGACUCCUCCCUACAGAGGUUGGCGGGGCAGGAGCUACUUCCGCCCAGCGUGGACAGCGCAGUACAGGUGGCUGCUGCUACCGAAAUGCCAGAUAAUAUUGAAGAACGCCUUAGUCAACUGGAUGGCAACCCCAGCGUUGUAUUGCCGCCCAUUGUGGACAUAAGCGCGGCGACGCUAGAAUCAAGCGUUGCGCUGCCGACGACGCCCACCAGGCAACAACAGCAGCACCAGCAACAGCUGCUGCUCCAUCAGCAUCAGCAGCAACAACAACAACAACCGUUGCAAUUGCAGCAGCCGCAGCAGCAGCAGCAGCUGCAACACCAGCAACAGCCGGAGAUACUCGCCUCACCACAGCAUUCAACAGUUGCGCGUCAGUCAGGCGCGUUACUCACGCCACAAAGCACGGCCAGCUCGAUAAAUUUUCUAAAGGAUGGCACUACUGGCGCCGUCCUCGAGGAUCAGGAUUUUGAGGAGGUUUUAAAAGCGCUCAAGACACUUGACGGCGGUCACGUGAAUCCGGAUACAAUAUGUGAUUUCAAUUUCUUCAACGAGGUGUGUUUUCCCUAUAAUGAGGAGGAUGCAGCCGCUGCAGCAGCAACAGUUGCAGCUGGAACAACUGCAUCAGCAGUAGCAGCCGCUGCAGCAGAUGUUGGCCACAGCGGCAGCCACGAUCAGGAGACAAAGGCCAAUUGCAGUGCAGCAGCCGUACCGCGUCCCUGGCAGGUGAGCCAUGCGGAGUUGGAGCAGCAACAGCAUGAGCUUGUGAGCAAGAUCGACGUUUUGUUGUGGCGAAUGCGUAAAUUUCAGGCCCGGCAGAUGUGCCGUCAUGCCAGUGAUGAGGUUGGCGGUAUACUCGAAUGGGCGGCGCGCAGCUCACAUAAAGCGGCGCCCGCGGCGCCGGUGCGCAGCACCAAGCUUACUGAACAGGAGGACACGGUGCUCUCCAUUGUCUCCGGCCGGCCGGGAAGCAGCUUCUGGGAUGAGCAGACCAAGCAACCACUGCCUGCCAGCCAAAUGAGUAAUGUGCUGCGGCACAUAGAGACGGCGGCGCGCAAGCAGCAAAUCUGUCAUACAAUUGGCGGCGGUUCCGCAUCACUGGCAUCCUCUUCCUCCUGGUAUAGCAGCGCUGCACAGCCGGGCAAACGCUCGCGCAAAACACAACCCAUAGAUACCAGCAUAAACAGUACGGCAGGCGUAGCAGAUGGCAUUCUGAACCCUCGAGCCGAUGAGAUUGUACCUAAUUUUGACAACUAUGUGACCAGCGAGUUGACGCAUAUUUCGGGAAUGUUGCACACGGAAAUGCGUGAAGUACAGACUGCCAUCGACUCAGACGCCACAGAGUCUAGCUCUGGCGGCGAAUCAGCCGAUGAGAUGGUUAACUACAACAAUUCCCAGCAGUCUUCAUUGUCAAUAACCCGUCGUGCCGUGUGGCGCUAUUCGCGAGAUCGUGCUGUUAUUGCACUGCGCUGGUCCUGGCUGUGCGCCCAGGUUGCCGAUCUGGACAUGAAAAUCCGCCAGCACAACGAUGUGUACAACGAUCUGUGUCGCACCAAGGGCGAUGUAAUGCUAGAACCGACGCCAGCUCCCAAGAAUGGUUACAAGGAGCAACUGCAGCCACAGGCAGCGGUACAGCUGGAUCCCGAACAGGCGUCCGCCGAUUGGCUAUGCAGUCGGGCCCGUCCCUUGGUGCUGUCCGAGUUUCGCAAACGUAAACUCUUCCAAACUACGAAUAUGCACACAAUAUCGAAAAAGGCCGCCAGGCCGAGCAACAUUAAAUGUGGCUGCCAGUGGCCCCAGGUGCCGUGCACAUUGUGCACCGGCCGGCCAGAUCCGACGGCGCCACGAGAUUUACCUGAAACGCUGAUGCCACAAAAUCGUGUAGCGCUGCUCGAUCCCGGCUAUCAUCCGGUGCUGAGCUUUUCUGACGAUGUUUGUCAGUCGGUGCAUUUGGAGGCGAUUGCCCGUCAGCCGGAUUGGCAAUAUCGCGUUAUGCGCAGCCAGGCCAAGGCAAUUGUUAAAAGCGUGUGGAAGGCUGAGCGCGAGGCAGUCGCACUAAGUGGCGGCGGCGGCGCUGGUGGUGCUGGCGGUGCCGGUCGUCGUCCCGGCGAGACAGCCAAGCGCCGAUAUGUGCGCCGCAAAGAGCGCAACAACAAUAAUCAAAACAGAAGCAGCAGUAGCAACAACAACAACAACAAUAACAAUAACAACAAUAAUAAUAAUAAAGAAACCACACAAAACAAUAACAACAGCAACAGCAACAAUAAUAGCAGCAGCAGCAGUGGGGUCGCCAACGUGGGAUUGGAUAGUGGAAACGGUACUGGUACUGCUACUACUUCUUCUUCUUCUACGCCUACUACAACGCCACUUGUGGCCAACAGUAAAUUAUUGUAAACAUGACAAAUUCGAUAAUUGAUUAUUAACAUAAAACAACAACAAUUUGCAUCUUCUUCUUUUUCUUUCUUUUCUUUUUUCUUUACGCAUUUCUUUUAUGUUACACGGAACAUCGUUACACACACGCACACGCACAACCACACACACACACACCAACACCAACACCAACAUACCUGCCAACACAACCAUCACUGUGCAAUAACAACGUACAACAAACGAACAACAUUUGUUUUAUUUUGCAAUUUGUUUUCGUUUCCUCUCUCUUCAAAUCUCUUUUGUGCCUGCCUAUACUGAUAUUUGUUGGAC